UCGUCAAAACUAUCACUGUCCCUCGUACAUCCCGAAUGGACUUUUCAGCUUUCCUGACGACUCCGUUUCUUUCUGGCUUGUCCGUUUUCAUCCAUGCCACUGAUUUUUAAUAGUCUUCAAUCUUCACUCUACGUUUCGUUUUCUACGACAACAACCUCUUAAUUUCUCUCUCUCUCUAGAACCCUAAACCUAAUUAUAGUCCGAUAAGGCUUCGUUGACCUGGAUGCAGCUUUCACCGAGUCUACUGCCAUUAAUUUCUUCACAUCAUCUCUCAGCCAGCUGCUGGCGGGCGCUGAAUCAUAAAUAAAAGCUAGAGAUGAAAUUGAGAGCCAGGACCAUGGCACCGGGAGAGAGAAUCAUGAACAUGAAGGGUGUGAUUCUAUUUCUUCCCUUGCUCCUCUGCUUUCUCACCAGCUUCAUCCCCAGUGUGUAUGGCUCCGAAAGGUUAUACAAUAUUUGCACCAACACAACCGCUUACACUUCAAACAGUGCCUUCGGAACCAACCUCAACACCCUCCUGUCCGCUCUCUCCAACGCCACCACCGCCACGGGCUUCUACAACUCCACCGCCGGAAACAGCUCCUCCGACCGAGUCUACGGCCUCUUCCUCUGCCGCGGCGAUGUCUCACCCCAAGCCUGCCGACAGUGCGUUGCGAAUGCUAGCGUAGACCUAGUGAAGCUGUGCCCAACUCAGAGAGAAGCCAUCGUUUGGUAUGAUGACUGCUUGCUCCGGUACUCGAACCAGUCCGUCUUCUCCAAUCAGGUCGUCGUUUCCAUGUCAAAUACACAGGACAUUGGCACCUCGAGCCUAACCCAGUUCAAGCAGGUCUUGGACGAAACCAUGGGCGAUAUAGCUAACCAGGCUGCAAGAAAUCAAUCGGGGAGGAAGUUUGCGACUAAAGAAGCCAAUUUCAGUGGAGAUCAGAAGCUAUAUACGCUUGCACAGUGCACGGCAGAUUUGUCUAUUUCUGCUUGCAACUCUUGCCUCGCCGAUGCUAACUCCAGACUCCCAGCUUGUUGCGAGGGGAAGCAAGGAGGAAGAGUUCUUAAGUCCAGUUGCAACGUCAGAUACGAGAUUUACCCCUUCUACUACCUCAGCGACGACACCGCACAGGGCAUUCCUCCUCCACCGGCGCCCGCACCGGGCAUGCCUCCUCCACCGGCGCCCGCACCGGGCAUUCCUCCUCCACCGGGUCCGGCGAACAGUCCAGGGAAAGGGGGGGGAGUCUCAUCGCAGCUACUCAUUGCCAUAAUCGUUCCUGUGGGAGUCUCGGUCUUGGUUUUCAUUGUAGGAUUCUGUUUCAUAAGAAGGAAAGGAAAGAAGGAAUAUGAAGCGGUUAGAGAAAGCAGUGUUGUGAAUGCGAUGAGUGAAGUGCAGUCCUUGCAGUAUAGCCUGGCCUCAAUUCAAGCAGCCACAAACAACUUUUCCGAUGAUAAUAAAGUUGGUGAAGGUGGAUUUGGUGAUGUCUACAAAGGAAUACUUCCCAACGGCCAAGAGUUGGCAGUGAAGAGGCUAUCUCGAAACUCAGGGCAAGGUGCAGUAGAGUUCAAGAAUGAGGUCGUCUUGGUGGCCAAGCUUCAACACAGAAAUCUAGUGAGGCUACUAGGAUUCUGCUUGGAGGGAGAAGAAAAGAUACUCGUCUACGAAUUCGUGCCCAACAAAAGCCUCGACUACUUUCUUUUCGACCCAGAAAAACAAGAAAAAUUGGAUUGGUCCAGGCGUUUCAAGAUUAUAGGAGGGAUAGCUAGGGGGAUUCUUUAUCUUCAUCAAGAUUCCCAACUUAAAAUCAUCCAUCGUGACCUCAAAACAAGCAAUGUUCUGUUAGAUGGGGAUAUGAAUGCAAAAAUUUCAGAUUUUGGGAUGGCAAGGAUAUUUGGCGUGGAUCAAACUCAUGGAAAUACGAGCAGAGUUGUUGGAACAUACGGUUAUAUGUCUCCAGAGUAUGCAAUGCACGGACAGUUUUCUAUGAAGUCAGAUGUGUAUAGUUUUGGGGUAUUAGUUCUUGAAAUCAUAAGCGGCAAGAUGAACAGCAACUUUUACGAAUCAGGCUAUGCCGAGGACCUUCUGAGCUACGCUUGGAAGCUCUGGCGAGAUGAAACCCCUCUUGAUUUGUUGGAUCCAAGUCUUGAAGGAUCUUACUCAAAAAAUGAAGUCCUUAGAUGCAUCCACAUUGCUUUGUUGUGCGUCCAAGAGGACCCAGAAGACAGGCCCUCAAUGGCAAAUGUUAUUGUGACACUCAACAGUUUCUCGAUUAACCUCCCAGUUCCCGAACAGCCCGCGUUUUUCGUUGGGAGCAGAACCAGGUCGCAAGUACCAAAAGGCCUGGAGACAAAUCAGCCAACCAACACUUCAGUGCCAUGGUCUGUGAAUGAAACAUCAAUUACUGAGUUACACCCCAGAUGAUUGAUCUUGAGAAGUCCAUGCCACAUGCAUCUAGACUCAAUGAUAGCUUGAUGUGUUGUGAUGAAUAAUGCCAAGCUAGCUAAGGUGUGAAACAUAUACAUGUGCGUCUCACUACUUGGGAAGCAUAAACUACUAGUCUACUGUAUCAAUUUGGUUUUUCCAGUACCAACGCAGUUUUAAUAUGUAAUUGAGUGUUUUAAGUAAACUUUGAACAGUAAAAACAUUGGAUGGAUCGAUGCCUCCUGCUAUGACUAUCAGAUGUUUUAAAGAGAGA